AUGUCCAACGGGCGGAUGAGGAGGAGAGAAGGAUUUUCGAAGUUUAACAAGAUCUAUGAAUAUGAGUAUCAUUUGUUUGGAAAGGAUGUGUCGGUCAUCAUGACCUCUGUCUCUGGACACUUGUUGGGGAUGGAUUUUCAGAGACAUCUCAAAUCCUGGCACAGCUGUAACCCAGUGUCUCUUUUUGAUGCUGAAGUUGAGAAGUUUUGCCCAGAUGAUAUGAUUAACAUCAAGAGAACACUGGAACGAGAGGUGCGGGCGUGUCAAGUUCUCGUCAUAUGGACAGAUUGCGAUCGGGAAGGAGAGAACAUCGGUUUUGAAAUUAUCGAUGUCUGCAAAGCAGUAAAAUCAAAUUUGCAGGUGUUCCGUGCCCGCUUCUCUGAGAUCACGACUCGUUCCAUCUGCACAGCUUGUCAGAACUUUACUCGUCCGGACCAGAACACCAGCGAUGCCGUAGAUGUGAGGAUGGAGCUGGACCUUCGGAUAGGUGCUGCUUUCACCAGGUUCCAGACUCUCCGCCUGCAGAAGAUUUUCCCCUCUGUGUUGUCUGACCAGCUCAUCAGCUAUGGAAGCUGUCAGUUCCCCACCUUGGGGUUUGUGGUGGAGAGGUUCAAGGCAAUCCAGGCCUUUAUUCCUGAGACCUUCUACAAGAUCAGAGUUACUCAUGAACAUGAAGAUGGGAACGUAGAAUUCAGCUGGAAGAGGAACCGUUUGUUCAACCACACGGCAUGCCUUGUUCUAUACCAGAUCUGCAUGGAGGAUCCCACAGCCACGGUUGUUCAAGUGGGAAGCAAACCAAAGAGCAAAUGGAGGCCGGUUGCCCUGGACACUGUGGAGAUGGAAAAACUGGCUUCUAGAAAACUGAAAAUUGGAGCAAAGGAGACAAUGAAAAUUGCUGAGAAGCUUUACACCAGGGGUUAUAUCAGUUACCCCCGAACAGAAACCAACAUUUUCCCAAAGGACUUAAACCUCACGCCAUUGGUUGAGCAGCAGACACAGGACCCUCAGUGGGGUGGCUUUGCACAACGAAUCUUGGAGAGGGGUGGACCAACUCCUAGGAACGGGAACAAAUCAGAUCAGGCCCAUCCCCCCAUCCACCCUACUAAGUACGCCAGCAACCUGCAGGGAAACGAGCAGCGGAUCUAUGAGUUCAUUGUGCGCCAUUUCUUGGCCUGCUGCUCCCAGGAUGCUCAGGGGCAGGAGACCACCGUGGAGAUCGACAUCGGUGCCGAGAGGUUUGUGGCUCAUGGGCUGAUGAUUAUCGCCAGAAAUUACUUGGAUGUCUAUCCGUACGACAAGUGGAACACAAAGGUCAUCCCUGUGUAUGAGAUGGGUGAGAGCUUCCAGCCCACCAUGGUGGAGAUGGUAGAUGGCGAGACCUCCCCACCGCAGCUGCUUACAGAAGCCGAUCUCAUAUCUCUAAUGGAGAAACAUGGAAUAGGGACUGACGCUACCCAUGCAGAGCACAUUGAGACCAUUAAGUCACGCAUGUACGUGGGCCUUACCCCAGAGCAGAGGUUCCUUCCAGGAGAACUAGGGAUGGGCUUGGUGGAGGGAUACGAUUCCAUGGGUUUCGAGAUGUCCAAGCCUGACCUUCGAGCUGAGUUGGAGGCGGAUCUAAAGCUCAUUUGUGAAGGAAAAAAGGACAAGUUCACCGUCCUGAGACAACAAGUGCAGAAAUACAAGCAGGUCUUCAUAGAGGCUGCAGCCAAAGCCACCAUGCUGGACGAGGCUCUGUCUCAGUACUUUGGCCAGGCAGCAGAGCAUGUGCAACAGCAGGAGAUCUAUGCGGAAACGCCAGUGCCUAUACGAAAAUGUCCAUACUGUAGCAGGGAUAUGGUGCUGAAGACCAAGAGAGAUGGAGGGUUCUACAUUUCGUGUACGGGUUAUCCCAGUUGUAAAACGACAAUCUGGUUGCCCAGUUUUGUUCUGGAGGUGUCACGGGAUGAUAGUGUGUGUGAUGUGUGUAGACCUCAUCCAGUCCACAAGUUGAAGCUGAAGUUUAAACGUGGCAGUGUCCCCCCUCUGAUGCCCCUGGAGUUUGUGGGCUGUAUUGGUGGCUGUGAUGAAACUCUUCGAGAAAUCCUUGAUCUGAAAUAUCUACAGGGUGGCAGCAGAGCACCCCAGCCUGGCCCUCCCCGUGAGAACAACCACCUGCAGGUUAACCAGACGAACAGGCAGCCACCACAAAAAAAGAGCGAAAAAACACAACUGGUGACACCAGCGGUGCAGAAAAGUGCGCCACCCAUCAGUGUAAAUCCUGCGAAUAAUGAAGUGGUGUGCAACUGUGGUGUCGGUGCUGUGCAGCUUACUGUGCGUAAAGAGGGACCCAACCAGGGGCGCCAGUUUUACAAAUGCAACGAAGGAAAAUGCAACUUCUUUUUGUGGGCGGAUCAGGAAAACGGGGCUGGCAGGAGUCCCCCUCUACUGCAGGUGUCCGCAGGAUGUCCAUCAACCUCGUUCAACAGUUCCAGUGCCUCCGAAGGGUUUAGAACGGCAGGAGGAAGCAGGGAUUUGGGAGGACAGACCAAGUGCAUGUGCAAUCAGCCGGCCAUUACUCGUACUGUGCAAAAGGAUGGCUCCAACAAAGGCAGACAGUUCCACACCUGCUCCAAACCCAGAGAGCAACAGUGUGGCUUCUUCCAGUGGGCUGACGAGAACGUCCCUCCAGGUGAGAAACCCAUAGGAAGUCCUUCUGGAGAUUUUCCUACCACUUUCAGAGGAGGAUUUGGUCAGAAAAAUAAAAGAACCGAUAACUCUGACAAAGCUCCGACAGCCAAGAGAGCGCGCACGUGUGGCAUCUGUCACCAGCCCGGCCACAACCGAACGAGCUGCCCCCAGAACAGAUGA